GCUCCCUGUCUCGCUACCUAUUUCCCAGUCACAAAUAUUAGUGAACCCUUGCCGUUAACUCGUGUUGCAGUUUCCAUCGACUACUCUCAUCUGGACAGUUUAACUUAAAUAAUAGUUGUUUAAACAAACCAUCAAAACUCUUUGCUAACGUGUUUUUCACUCGAUCUUUAUAUUUUUGGUUUUCAGUGCCUCUAAUUAUUUGUGCCGCUGUGUCAAGACGCCGUAAACACAAACUCCUUCUUUAUUAAAGCUUUCAUAACUCUUGCAAAAUCUUAAUACGAGAGUGAAGGGAAUAUGAGUGAUCCUGCCGAAAUAGACAUAGACUCCGUCAUUGACAGACUUCUGGAAGUAAGAGGGUGUCGACCUGGUAAACAAGUGCAGCUUGCAGAGUUUGAAAUUAAAUAUCUUUGUACAAAAGCGAGAGAAAUCUUUAUUUCUCAACCUAUACUUCUCGAACUUGAAGCCCCAAUAAAAAUUUGCGGCGAUAUACAUGGUCAAUAUUAUGAUCUUUUAAGAUUAUUUGAGUAUGGUGGGUUCCCUCCAGAAGCCAAUUAUCUUUUUCUUGGUGACUAUGUUGAUAGAGGAAAGCAAUCGUUAGAAACCAUUUGUCUUUUGUUGGCUUAUAAGAUAAAAUAUCCGGAAAAUUUUUUCAUUCUGCGUGGUAACCAUGAAUGUGCAAGCAUUAAUCGUAUUUAUGGUUUUUAUGAUGAAUGCAAGCGAAGAUACAAUAUCAAGUUGUGGAAAACUUUUACGGAUUGCUUUAAUUGUUUGCCAAUUGCUGCAAUCAUUGACGAAAAGAUUUUCACUAUGCAUGGUGGUUUAUCACCCGAUCUUCAAAGUAUGGAACAAAUUAGAAGAGUUAUGCGACCCACAGAUGUGCCUGACACUGGCCUAUUGUGCGAUUUAUUGUGGUCUGAUCCCGAUAAAGAUAUUACUGGCUGGAGCGAAAAUGAUCGUGGUGUGUCUUUUACAUUCGGCCCGGACGUUGUUAGUCGGUUCUUACAGAAGCACGAUAUGGAUUUGAUAUGUAGAGCACAUCAAGUGGUGGAAGAUGGUUACGAAUUCUUUGCCAAGCGGCAGCUAGUUACAUUGUUCUCGGCGCCAAACUACUGUGGCGAAUUUGAUAACGCUGGUGCAAUGAUGAGUGUAGACGAGACUCUUAUGUGCUCGUUUCAGAUCCUCAAACCAGCUGAAAAGAAACAGAAGUAUACUUAUGGCGGAAUGCAGGCAGGACGACCAGUAACCCCGCCACGCAAUAAGAAGAAGAAGGAAAUGGCCAAAGUUCCAUAAUUACAUACUGACAAUUAUCCAUAAUUUUUUAUUAACAUUCAUAUUUUUACUAUUUGAAUCUGAUAACAAUUUUUUUUCAUGGAAUUCCAAAUAUAUAUUUUUUUCUUCAAAUUUUCACCUUUCAUAUAUAUAU